GGGAAAUCGGUCAAUGGGCGGGUAUUGUGAAAUGUCCUUUGUAAAGUGGCCGUGUGAAGGAGACGACGCUACAGACUGGAGCAGCAAUGCAGUUUUAUGUGUCUCAUCUCCUGCUGAUGGUGACCCGGGCUGCUCUGAAGGUAUCCGGUCUCCUAUUCUGGAUCUUAGUCUAUGUAGCAUCUCUUCUGUCAGCAGCCUCCUACUUGCCUGAUGCCCUGAGGCUCAUAGCCAAGGGACCGUUUAGGGCAUUUUGUUGGAAGCCACGUAAGGCCGCCCCAGCCUGCCUUACAAGCAGCAAGCAUGGCCAACAUGGACACAUCCGCAUCAAGAAAUCUGGCAUACGUUUCCAUUACGUGGCGUCUGGAGAAAAGGGGAACCCAUUAAUGCUUCUCCUGCAUGGCUUCCCUGAGAACUGGUACUCCUGGAGAUACCAGCUGGACGAGUUCUCCCAGGAGUACUGGACCGUGGCUGUGGAUCUCAGAGGAUUCGGGAGCUCUGACGCUCCUCCUGAACUCCAGGAUUACAAGAUGGAGACUCUACUGCAGGACAUCCAGGAUCUCAUUACUGGACUGGGCUACUCGGACUGUGUUCUAGUGGGACACGAUUGGGGGGGUACCUUGGCAUGGACAUUUGCUGUUAGUCACCGCAACAUGGUGUCCCGACUCAUCGUUAUGAAUGCUCCUCACCCAUCGGCCUUCCAUGAUUAUGUAUUGGCUCAUCCAUCCCAGCUCUUCUCCUCCCGUUACGUCUUCCUUUUCCAGCUGCCAGUCCUCCCUGAAAUCCUCCUGUCACUAGCUGACUUUGAGUACAUCCGGAAGCCCAUGGUAGAUGCCAGUAUGGGGAUCCAAAACGAGGAGCGGAAGCUAAGCAAGGAAGAGAUAGAGGCCUUUGUAUACUACCCCUCCCAAAAAGGAGCCUUAACACCUGCCCUUAACUACUACAGGAACUUGUUUGGAUUCUUCCCAGUAAAAGCCCAAGAUGUUCUUGUGCCCACACUGCUGCUGUGGGGUGAGAAUGACACCUUCCUGGAGGCUGCGAUGGUUCCUGAAAUGCAGCAGUACGUCCAUGCCCCACUCCAAGCCGAGAUCAUACACAAUGCCAGUCACUGGGUGCAGCAGGACCAGCCAGAGGAGGUCAACAGGAUCAUGUGGGACUUUCUAAAACGGGAGAUACCUGUGUUCUCACACUGACUGUACAUAAGAUGUAUAUACAAUG